UAUCACACGUAGGUAUAGAGUUUGUUAGUUUGCUUAUCCCAACAACAAACCAAACACUUCACUUCAAACUUUUAACACUAUAAUAUAAUUAACAAAAUUACUCAAAAUACUAUUACACGCUAGGUACAUAUUACUCAAAUUGAAAGAUCAAUUAUAAUAUUCUUAUAACACGCAACACAAGGAAAUCUCGAUUGGCGAAAUGAAAUGCCAACUGGUAUCGGACGAACGAUUCAUCACGACGAACAAACUGUAUCCUGCAUCUGUACGUAUCCAUCCUGGUCUAAUCGCCGAGGUAUUGGGUAUAGAUCCAUACCCAUCCGACUGCGAGAAGCACAACGACUUGAUUACGUGGUAUAGUCAUUACUCUCGGUGCAGCGCCGGAAGCGAUAACUGCUGCAAUAACGACGGCCGGAGGAGCUGUGGACGCCGUAACAGUCAGCCGAUAAACAGCGGACAUCCGUCGAGGCCGGUGUUCCGAGACCAGAACGCCACGCAAUCCGCCCAGCCGGUGCGCUCCGGGUGUCCGUACCGGCCCGACCAGUCCAGGAUGCAGGAUAGACCGGUGGACCUGAUUGGACCGUCGCCGGUGAGGAUUUCUCGGAACCGGCGCAGCACUUACGACGUGCAGCAGCCACCGUGUGGUGAUCAAAACGCCCGGCGGGGCACUUACGACGUGGAGCCGGAACCGCAAUGCAGCCGACGGGGCACUUAUGACGUGCCACAGCCGUGCGGUGCGCUCCAGCAAAAUGACCGGCGGGGCACUUACGACGUGUCGCAGCCGUGCGCCGCGCUCCAGCAAAGUGACCGGCGGGGCACUUACAACGUGUCACAGCCGUGCCCCGCGCUCCAGCAAAAUGACCGGCGCGGCACUUACGACGUGCAACCGCAGCAAGCGCGAACAUCCAACUGUGGGGGUUCGGGGGGCAGUACUUUCACGGUGACCGGGACCUUCCAGCUGGUGGACGGGUUCCAAGGACUGUCGCCUGGGCGGCAGCCACCGCGUGGCCAGUCGUCGUCAGGCAACAGGCUGCACGACACCGACGGCGACAUCAACGACUACCUCGACAAUCAUCAAGACUACGACAUGGUGGCGCCGCGGUGUGUGGCCGUGCCCGGUCAGCCGUACGUGGACAUCGACGAGUCAGACGCGAACACGACGCCCGACAAUUGGCGCCUGACGUUGGGCAACCGCAGCUCGGUGGGCUCGCAAGGACUGGGCAUCCCGAGUCCCGACCACUACAACGGUUCGCGGGACACGUCGGGACAGGGCCAGUGGCCGUCAAUCGACCGCCAGUCCAUGCCGUUUGGUCUCAACGAUUCGUUCUUCAUGAGCGGUUCGUCAACGCCGCGCGACCGCCAGUCGAGGGCCAGGUCAGCCACCCCCGAGUGUGGCUCGUCAUCCCGCAACAACCGCAGGCGUGACACUUUCGACCGGAGCACCCGGUAGAUGGCGUGUGCCCACAAUGCACAUAUUAUAUGCUAUAAAUGACUUCCAAAUGCAAUUUUCCCAAAAUGCCAAUAUCCGUUGAAAAUCAAUACAAUAUUAUUUAAAUGCUGUGUUAUUUAUGUCAUUAAAUUGGAAUUUUCCCAUGGGUUA